UUACACGUAAAUUUCACUUCCUCUCAGUUUUCAGCCGACGCGAGGCGGGAGCGCAACGAUGCGACUCAUUAUUGUGUUUAUAUUAACGUGCUGUGCUGCUGGUAUAUUAUGCGAUAAUCCACCUUGUGAUACAAACUCCUCCAUGCCAGAAAUUAUAAGAGUCAAACGCGCCAAAUACUACUCCAGUCCCCCGCAGAGGUUCUACAAAAGGCCUCCCUUGAGCUACCCGCCGACUCAUGGCGCAUUCUCCUACACUCCGCCGCCAAACCACAUGAUGGACGAUGAAGACCAACCACCUAAUCAUAGACCACAUAAAUACACCAGACGACCGACCAACGAAGGCCUCGGUGAGGAAGACAUAAACAAUCUAUUGAAAUAUUUGUCCAAAAAGGAUUUAGAUAAAAUUGUCGAGCACACAUUAGCGAAAGAUAAAUUUAAAAAAGGCUAUGAUAAACCUUUGGAUUUUCCCAAACCUGUAUACAAUGAGGUUAACAACGAAGCUUUCGAAGAUGGGAACAAAUUUUCUUUCAACGGCCCAUACAUUAAGGCGCAUGGAGAUUACGCACCAGCAAACGAACACCCAAAUUACAACGAAAACUAUUCAGAGUCUAGACCAAUUGUAGUACCAGAUACUCCACAAAUUGCUGGCAACUUGCAAGUUUUUUCUUCAGCACCGAGUGAAGGGAUGGUAUCCAAUCAGCAGUUCGCAGUAGUGGAUGGUUAUAUGCAACAAGCAAUCAAUGGUCUAGGCUCUCAAUCGGGUUUGAAUAUAUUCACGGACAGUAAAGUAAUGCAAGAGGAACAGUUACCAAUUCCUUCUAACCUGAGAUACGAAGACCAUUUUGCUUCGUUUACUAACAAUGACCCCACUGUUGUUAAGGCAGACACCAGUUCGUACAAAGUGGAGAGUUUCGGCAGCCUGCCUCUAAUGAAUUACGACUCAAAGCUGCAUACUGUUAGCUCAUACAAGGUGCCGCAUUAUACUGUAACGUCUAAUCAAAACCAGCCAACAGCUCCUCAACAACAGCCACCAUCGAGCAACACCCGCGUGGAACUCGCCAGUUCUCGGGAGACCAAAUACCCGGACCAGAGCGACGCCCACCUCAAGGCCACUAAGAUAUGGACCCACAAGUCUACCGGCACAGCCUACUAUCUACAUAAAGAUGGUACAUUGUCGCUGGAGAGACCACGACAUCCUAAGUAUGGUUAGUUAGUAACGAGUUUUAAGAUAAUUUAUUGUUAGAUUUAAGUA